AUGCAAUUUUUACAAAACCUUCAAAAUAAAAAUUACGGAACAUUUAAUUAUAACGAUCCGAAUAAAUCCUCUCAUACAUCAAGAGCUAAUCUUGAAUCAAAUGAUAGAAAUGUCGUAGAAAUAUCUAGUCAACCUUUUUAUCAAAGAUUCCCAUCUACCAUAAUAAUUAGAAAUGUUGGUAGUAUGGCAAGGGAUCAAUUUUCAAUUCAAAGAACAUGCUUGAGUUUUAUCAAAUUCGGAAUUGCUUUAUUUUUAGUAGGAAUAUCAUUUUUAAUACAUAUUUAUCAUAUAGAUAAUGGUGAUGAUGUUGGUGAAAAUCCAAAUUCUAGCAACGAAUUAUUUAAUUUAUCAAUUUCAUUUUUUCCAUCAGAAGAAACAAUACAUAAUAUAAUUGGAUUGAUGUUUAUAAGUUUAGGUUUUUUUGUAAUUAUAUGGGCGACUUGUAAUUAUUUAAAAUUUCAAAAAAUGUUUAUUGAUUCAGCUGUAAUUAUUCAAAAUGAAGAAUUCGACGUUUCAGUUAUGAUGACUAUAGGAGAAGAAUUCGGCAAAACUAUAGAGUACACGUUUGAAAACUCUGAUGGCUUGAACAAGUUGAAAUUUUAUUACAACAUGAAUGCAGCGGAUGCCGAAAAAGGAAAAGUUGGCUUAGCUUUAAGGGUUUUUUCGCCUAGUCACACAACUGAUAUUCCAAGUACCAUUGCAUCAGCUGGUGGUAUCAUGGGAGCCAUUCUUGCGUGGUUAUUUGGAUCCAGCAGUUUAGAUUCAUGGGGUAUUGCAAGAAGAAUUGCAGUAAUCUGUAGCGGUAUUUGGUUAAAGUUGCAAUCACAAGAAAUUCUUGGAUACUUCGUUUUACAAUUAUCAAGAAAAAGCACAAAAGAAAAUUGA